AUGAGUUCUCAAGAUAAUAUUAAUGGAACUAGCACUGCUAAUCCAAAUUGGUAUAAAAUUGAAAAUGACGUAAAAACAAAGCUUAUAAAUUUUCUUCAAAGUAAUGAAGAAUCAAUUUCUUUAGAUAUAAAUAACACUAUAGA